AUCGACUUGCCGACGAUCUUGCAUCUUCAUCUGGGCGAUCGCGAUCCCACCGCGGGUCGCAUCCAUCGGAUGCAGAUUCGGAGCGCGCCUCGCAAGGCCCAGCAGGUGCGCAAAAUCCCGUCUCAAGUUCAUCUCGAUCACAUGUUGCGUCACAUCCAUCAGAUGCGGAUUCGGAGCGAUUCAGGUCCAAUAACCAACACAGAAUUACGGCCAGACGGCACACACAGUUCGGACGCGGAUUCCGAGAGAUCGCAGCAACCAAACCCUGAUCGCGACAAUGCUGCUGUCUCCUCGACAAUGACGUUUGAAAGCGAUCGAUCUGGACUCAGCACAGUUGUUCGGGGUGGCACGGUUCUCACAACGCCUGCAGCACUUAGACUUGAGCAGGAGCUGGACAAGCUGACGACUGAGCUGGGGAAGAUGUUCGCUUGUGUCACAAAGAUCGUCAAACGAAGGGAUCCCGAGUGGGACACAAACGCUGCUGCAAACCACUCUUCGAAGCGGACUUGGGAGUCUGACGCGUGUGAGUGGGAAACCGCCGUGGCGAAGUACGGCCCUGAUGUCGAGUACGUGCAGGAAAACCUCAUUUUAGGGAUCAAGCACUACGAACUCGACCAGUCCCAGCACCGAUUCAAAGCUUGCAUAGUGGCACUCGGCGACAACGUGCGUGACAUUUACGGCCGGCUUGUGGAGGAAGACCAGUUGCACGGUCGACCCAUCACGCUUGAAGGAUCGCGGGCGCUAGAUUGCUAUGCUGGUCUGCAACCCGGCGGUGAUUGUCAAACUGCUGACGCUGAUGGUGCGUAUUUGCAAGCUCGACUCAAGGGUCGUCCGAAUGUCAUUUGCUUGCCGAGAGAAUUUCGCACACAAUCCGAAUUGCAAAUGCGAUGUCCUGUGCACCUGUUGUACAUGGCCAUCUACGGGCUCACACGUUCAAACAGCGAUUGGGAAGAUCAUGCUGACGACCGGUUGUUGCUUAAGGAUUGGUUGCAGGCUCGUGACAUUGAACGUCCGAUUUUCAAGAAGGAAUAUAACGGGCACAUUGUGGGCAUGGGCCGUUUCGUCGAUGAUUUCAAGCUGGCGGGACACAAGCCAGUACUACCACUUGCUUGGGCUGAGAUUUUCGAGUGCUUCGAUUUCGCAGACCCGCCUCAACCUGUCAGCCGAUUUGUAGGUUCCGAGGAGAUCCUGUCACGUGAUCAUGCUGAUGUCGCCACAUGUCUUGUGAAUCAAGACGCAUACAUCGACACGCUCACGCGAAAGUACAUGGAUGAAAUUGGUGCUUACAGACUUCCCCGAUACGACACACCGGCUGUAAAGUUGGCAGCCAGUGACGUUUCAAGUAUGAGCGAAACAGGUCCGUUUGCAUCAAAUUGCGGGACAUAUGUGGGGGCCGGAUUGUGGAUAGCCAGGAACAGUCGUCCAGAGAUCUCGUUUGCCGUCGGGUGGUUAGGUCGGUACACCACAAAAUGGACGAAAAGACAGGAUGCGGCUUUGCAUCGUUUGAUGGGGUAUUUAGCGGCGACUCAAACCUCCGCACUUCGUUUGGUUCUCAAUCCUGUUGAUGUGCAGCAACGCACUCUGCGACUAGUACUGUGGGUUGACUCUGACUGGGCGACGGAUCCGGACACCAGGCGAUCGACGUCGGGAGCUGUUUUGCAGCUUGUUGGGUCGCACGGCACUCGUGCAACAUUUGCUUGGCGUUCGCAUCGACAAGGUGCAACCGCAUUAUCGGCACCGGAUGCCGAAGUGACAGCCAUGGCUGAAGGUCUCAAGCGCCACGGCAUCUAUGCACAAGAUCUUUUCGAAUUUUUGUUGGGAUAUCGAAUUCCAGUAGACAUCAUGACCGGUUCAGCAACUGGCAUUGCGGCAAUCGAUGACGCGUACGGGGUGCUAAAGGACAUGAAGCGAACACAAGGAGUGCCAUUGUCAUGGUUGCAUGAUGUCAGCCUUGAUCCCGACAACAACAUCAAGAAAACCAGCACCGACGAUAUUCUCGCUGAUGUCAUGGCGAAAGCAUUGGAGAAGAACAAGUUCCAGCAUUUCUCACGGCUUUUGGGAGUCUAUCCGCAUGGUUGA